UGAUAUUUGAUUUUGACUUUUCUUUCUCAAUAUGAAGAGAGAGUCAAGGAGGCGUCACCUAGUCAAUAUGAACACACACGCUUCUGUUCUGUGUUCUCUCUUCUCCAUUCUCCAUACAUAUUUAUGUUCCUCUUCUUUCUCUAAAAACCAAACUAAUAAGUAAUAACUAAGACCCCAAAAAUGAAAAAGAAAACUAAUAACUAAGAAGUAAUAACAAACUCAGGUUUCGUAUUCAUCAUUUCAUAUCUCUCUUCCCUUCUUUUAUAUUCUCAAGCUCCCACUUCAUCUCCAUUUCCUCACAAACCCAAUUUCCUGUUCACAAAAAAGAUUGCAACUUUGCUUCCUUUGUUUCAUGGGCUCAUCUUUCGAAUCAUAGAAUUCCGUCAUGGACAAGGAUAAGGACAAGUCGUCCCACAGCUUUCUUCAUAAUCUCAUCAAACACAUUAAAUUGGGUUCCAAUAAAGAGCGAAGCAAUGAAGCUGAAAUAAAGCAAAUGGCUGCGCAGGAGCAGAAGGUCUUUUCCUAUGAAACGUUAGUUGCAGCUACCAAGAAUUUCAGUGCUCUGAAUAAGCUUGGUGAGGGAGGCUUUGGACCCGUUUAUAAGGGGAAGCUGAGUGAUGGGAGAGAGGUUGCAGUAAAAAAGCUAUCACGCACUUCAAAUCAAGGGAAGAAAGAGUUCAUGAAUGAGGCCAAAUUAUUGGCUCGUGUCCAGCACCGGAAUGUGGUGAAUUUGUUGGGCUAUUGUGCCCAUGGCGGAGAGAAGCUUCUUGUCUAUGAGUAUGUUCCUCAUGAGAGCCUUGACAAGCUUCUGUUCAAGGUGCACAAGAGGGGGGAGCUAGAUUGGAAAAGGAGGCUGGGGAUAAUAACAGGAGUGGCAAAGGGGCUGCUUUAUCUUCACGAAGACUGUCACCAUUGCAUCAUCCACCGCGACAUCAAGGCCAGUAACAUCUUGCUCGAUGACAAAUGGCAGCCGAAGAUCGCAGACUUUGGCAUGGCCCGUCUCUUCCCCGAAGAUCAGAGCCAGGUCAAUACUCGUGUCGCUGGAACCAAUGGUUAUAUGGCACCGGAGUAUGUAAUGCAUGGACAGCUGUCCGCCAAGGCUGACGUAUUUAGCUAUGGAGUGUUGGUGUUGGAGUUGAUCAGUGGCCAACGAAACUCUAACUUUAAUUUGGAUGUGGAUGCACAGAAUCUACUUGAUUGGGCAUACAAGCUGUACAAGAAGGGGAGGAACUUGGAAAUGGUGGAUUCCGUGUUAGCAUCCACAAUGGAAGCAGAACAAGUAGCAAUGUGCAUUCAGCUUGGUCUGCUGUGUACUCAGGGUGACCCAAAGCUCCGACCCGACAUGAGGCGCGUUGUGGUAAUGCUGUCUAGGAAGCCAGGCCACAUGGAAGAACCUACCAGACCGGGUGUGCCUGGUUCCAGAUACAGGAGACGACCCAGGCAGCAUACUGGAUUGUCCUCCGCCACUCCUGGUACCUCCGGUGCCUCGGAUUCUCAGACUUCUGAUUCAAGUAGCAACACAACCAGUGUUACUGCUACUAGUGCUACUACUCCAACUGCAACUAGAACUAGAACAAGAACAAACUCGGGAGUUGCGGAAUCAUCGGACUCAAGAGGGAAACGACCAAUGGAGGAGGGUUAGACUAAUUUUGUUCUUUAUGGUGUCAUUGGGGUCAAUCAUGAUUUUGUUAUUCAUUUUGUAAAAUAUGAGUUGGUGAUAUGAUUAAGCAAGCAGUUAGAAUGUAAAUAUUAAGAGGGUUAGGAUAACUGGAUAAGGAUAGGUUGAAUUGAAAUAUUCAUAUCUUAUUCUUUUAUAUAUAUUAAAAUGAGGAAAUUAGUUUAUCUCAUUUUCAUUGCCACAACAAACUGAUACAUACCAUAGUUUCUACUGUUUUGGAGGAGAGGGGGUCAUGAUCUUGUUCUCGAUAUGUUUCUGUUUUCACUAAUAACAAGUGCCGUGCACCUUAAUGGCUGCUGAAAA